AUGGCGACAGCGGCUCUCACGUCCGCCUCCGCCAAGUUCGCGACGUUCGACGGGCUGCGCGCCGCCCGCUCUGACCGAUCCACCGUCGUCGCGUCCGCCGCUCCGACGGCAGGCGCGUCGCCAUCCCUGGGCCGUGUUCAAGCCACCGCCACUGUAGGCCGCUCAUGCUGCAUGCGUUUACACUCUGAUUUUACAUU